AUGUCAAAUUCACUUGAUUUGCCGGAUUUGGUUAUAAGAGGUGUAUUGGAGAAACUUGAUAUGAAUUCGAUACUAACUCUACGAAAAGUGAACCACAGACUCCGCUCAUUUAUUGACACUGAAAAACCCGACUAUCGCAUACACAAUAUCAUUGUGACCGUGAGAGAAGAUUGUAUCGAACUUUUGGUCGAUAAAAAAGAACCAUUGUCAAUAGAAUAUCAUGGGAAAGGACAGAACACACUGGUUGUUUGUAAUGGCAAGGAGCUAACUAUCAAUGCGAAUUCCGUGAAAACUUGCAUCAAAGAUUUGAAGAUAAUGGUGAAAAAUCAGAAAUCAAUGUUCGAGGGAUUAACGAUUUCUUGCCCGUAUGGAGAACGUUUUGAUCAAGAAAUGAUGAAUGAAUUCCUAGGUGGAUUCAAGAAUAUUCUGACGUCUCGAGAACAAAAAUUUCGAAGCAGAACAUUGAAAAUGUUUGUGGAAAACCAAAAUCAAGUUAUGGAAGUUCUACCUUAUCUUUGCCCAAAUACACUGCAAGAAGUUCAUUUAAUAGACCCUCAAUUAUCAAGUAUUCAAUUUGAAAUCGAUGAGAUCAUUAAGUUGACUCAUUGGAAAAAGUUGACUUAUUUUGCAAUUAGUGGAUUCUAUGUGAAUGAAUCUAUCCGAAAAUUCUCUCACCUUCUGGAGGCAUACAUUGAAAUACAGUCGGCGACUGCAGAAGAUGUUUUGUAUCUGAAAGAGGUGAAAGUUGAUCAUGCUGCCGAACUUUAA